AUGCCAGUUUUUCAGGUUCCAGUUAAGGAUCAUAUUCUAAAACUCCAUCAGGGAAUAAGGUACUUGAGUACCCUUCUCAAGCAAGAGGAGAAACUAGAUGAUGAAAUGAAGGAUCUUCUUGGACUUGCAGUCCGUGAUGCAGGAAUUCUGAUCUUCUCCCUUUCUGUCAAUGAAAUCAAAGAAAGCUUGCCCAGGGAAACAUAUCUUAGGCUGUUUCAUUUGCACAAGGUUCUCAAGUAUAUGAUGGCAGAUCUUGCACACAAUUAUCUGGUAACAUCACCAUAUUCAUCAUUUAAUUAUCGUAGAUCCAAUGAGUUGGGCUGUAUGGAUUUUUUCCUAGAAGAUCUCCAGGAACUAGCAAGUGUGAUGAGGCUGAUGAUUCAAAUGUUGUCCGAUUGGAUAGAAUCCAACUGGUCCACAAAGAUCUCAUUGAAGCCCUGGAGAUCCAUAAUGGUCAAACCCAGAGAGUUAACAAGAAUUCCAUUCUCAUACCGUCACAAACUUGCUGUCGCCGUACACAAUGAGGAUCUCGUGGGUCUUGAUGACAAGGUGAAAACUAUCAUUGAUCGACUUACGAGAGGAUUAAAGCAGUUGGAUGUUGUUCCCAUUGUGGCAAGCACAGUUUUUGUUCAACUUUUGUGCAGUAUUCAUUCUAAGAGUCCAAACGAAUAUCUUAAGAUGGAUGAAAAUGAUUUGGUUCAGAAGCUAAAGCAAGUUUUGCUGAGAACUAGGUAUCUCCUCAUUUUGGAUGACUUGUGGGAUGUUGAGGCAUGGAAUUUGUUGGAAAACUCAUUGCCGAAUGACGUCAAUGGAAGCAGGAUUCUUUUCACCAGCAGAUUCCAGGAUUUGUCUUUGCAAUUUAAACCUGGUAGCAAGCCUUACCAUCUCUGCCAACUUACUGAUGAAGAGAGUUGGGUAUUGCUACAAAAAAAGCUAUUUGACAAAGAAGGUUGUCCUCCAAAACUAAGUGAAGUUGGAUAUCAAAUAGCAAAAUUUUGUAGGGGCUUACCCCUCACAGUUGUCCUUGUUGCUGGAAUUCUUGCUACCAUUGCACAAGAUAGCUGGGAAGAAGUUGCAAAAAGUCUAAGUUCUAUUGUCCUUCACGAUGAAUAUUGCAUGAAGACACUUGAGUUGAGUUAUAGUCAUUUACCAGAUUAUUUGAAGUCAUGCCUUCUAUACUUUGCUGCAUUUCAAGAAGAUGAGGUUAUUGAUGUCCGAAGGUUGUUAUGGCUUUGGAUCUCUGAAGGAUUCGUGCAACAGACUGAAGGAAAGAGCUUAGAGGAAGCGGCUUACAACUACUUGAUGGGUUUAAUUAAUAGAAGUUUAGUUGUGGCUAACAAAAAAGGAGCCAUGAAUGGUGCCAAAACCUGCCAACUUCAUGAUUUGGUACACGAGUUUUGUGUGAAAAAAGCCAAAGAAGAAUGUUUUCUACAUAUUAUUCAUAGUUGGAAAGACCCUUUUGGUCUUACUGGACCAAGCAACCCCCACCGAGUUUGUGUUCAUGAUACCAGGAAAUUGAAGAUUUGGGAGUUAAUGCUACUUUUUCCCAAUUUACGCUGUUUGCUUUUGCCUGAAAAUGAUAUUCUUUUACCUCAAGAGGAGGAUUGGGGGAUUUUGUUACCUAAACUUCUUAGAGUGUUGGAUUUGGGGGGUUUGAUCAUUGGAAAAUCAUUUCCGAUGGAAGUAGUAUUACUUGUUCACUUGAGAUACCUGGUGCUCAGUGGAAUACGAUCCAUCCCAUCUGCAAUAGACAACCUCUCAAGUAUCCCAGAUUUAGAUCAUUUAGAAACUUUAAGCCUUGCAAUUGAUCCCUCCGCCCAAUGCUUGCAAAGGAUACUGAAAAAGUUACCAAGCAUCCGUUGGCUAAAAUGUUGGAGAUCAUCUGGUUUACAAGCAUGUGCCAGAAAUAGGGACAAGAUUCUUGUGUUUAACUGCUUGAAACUAGAAUCACUUCAUUUGGAGAAUUUUCGAAACUAUCGAUUUGAAUUUCCGUUGAAUUUGAAGAAGUUGGUUCUCGAAGGGAAUAGACAGCCAUGGAGUGAAAUUUCAACAAUUGGAAAGUUGCCUCAUCUUGAAGUGCUUAAAUUACUCGAUUACUCCUUUAUUGGGGAAGAAUGGGAAAUGAAAGAAGGGGAGUUCCCUAGCCUCCGAGUCUUGAAAUUGUCAGACUUGGACAUUCGCAGAUGGACCGCAUCUUCUGGUAAUUUUUCUCAUCUUGAGAAAUUGGUUGUGGACAAUUGUGAUGAGCUGGAAGAGGUCCCUUCUUGUUUAGGGGAAUGUCCGACUCUUGAAACGAUUGAGGUGACAGAUUGUCCUGAGUCUGUUGUAAACUCUGUAAACCAAAUUCGGCAAGAGCAGCUGAUAUGGGAAAUGCGAUUCUAA